AUGUCUUCCCAAGAACGGCAAGACGAGGUUCAAGGGACAGAAAAGACGCAGGAGUCCUUUGCCGAGUCUUCGCCACUGGUGCUGUCUGACGAACAGGCCCUUGCCAAAGCCCGGGAGUCUCCCCACGAGGCACUCCCAAUCCUGAUCACCUAUGGUUUUAACGACCGAGACAACCCCAGGAAUUGGCCCAAGGCUCGCAAAUGGUAUAUUACUUGCUUUGUCAGCUUGCUGAACGUGGUCACAACAUGGUGUGCUGGUGGAAUCUCCUCUGGCGCGACGGGUAUCCAGCAUGAAUUUGGCGUGAGUGGCGAGGUCACCACUCUCUGCCUAUCCCUCUAUGUUCUGGGCUAUGCGAUCGGUCCUGUGCUCCUCGCGCCUCUAUCGGAAUAUUUUGGUCGACAGCCAGUCUACGUCGUUUCGUGGUUUCUGCUUUUCAUUUUCCAGCUGCCUCUUGCAUUGGCGCCCAACAUUGGCACCAUUCUGGUUUGCCGGUUCAUCGCGGGUUGCGCAGGUGGUGCACCUCUCACCAACACCGGUGGCAGCAUCAGUGAUUUGUGGGAUAGAAACGACAGCGGUGGGCCCAUGGCUGUAUACGGACUGAGUAGUACCUUUGGACCCCCCAUGGCUCUCGUUGUCACCGGAUAUAUUGGCCUCAAUCUCGGAUGGAGGUGGAUUUUCUGGGUUCUCAUGGCUAUCACUGGCGGCGUCUGGGUGCUCCUAGUCCUCACCAUCCCCGAAACACGACACAGUAUCAUCUUGCAACGGAAGACCCAGCGCGUGUGCAAGGCGAUGAAGAAGGAGAACCUAGCCUCGGCUGCAUCGACGACAGACAUUCAUGCCAGCGAGCGGAAGGGGCUGCACGAGCUGUUUGCCAUCACCCUCACUCGGCCCGUUCGCUUUUUAUUCUCAGAGCCCAUCACCACAUUUUCUGCCAUCUACAACGGGUUCUUGUACGGGCUGGUCUAUCUGUUCAACGAAGCGAUUCCAUUGGUCUUCGGGCCACCGAAAGGCCAUGACUUUAACGGGGGUGAACAGGGGCUCGCAUUCUUGGGGAUGGCGAUCGGCCCCCUGAUCGCCUUCUGUUUUUACCCGCUUCAAGAACGGUACUAUCUGCGGCGUGUUGCCGAAAACCAAGGCAAAGGAGUCCCAGAAGCACGCAUGUGGAUGGCCCGCGCCGGGGCGAUUAUGAUCCCCGUUAGUCUGUUCUGGUUUGGAUGGACCAGUUACAAGUCCGUACAUUGGGUGGUUCCGAUUAUAGCUUCAUCUCUCUUCGGGGCAGGAAUUUACAUCAUCAUUCUGAGUAUUCUCAACUACGUCGUGGACAGCUACCAGACAUACUCAGCCUCGGCCCUCGCCGGCGUCAUCUUGGUCCGCAACGUGGUGGGAGCGGGGUUUCCCUUGUUCGCAACCCAGAUGUACCAAACGCUGGAUUACGAAUGGGCAUCCAGUCUGCUCGCAUUCAUUUCCAUCCUGUUGGUCCCGAUUCCAUUCAUCUUCUUCUACAAGGGCAGGGCUAUUCGCCUGCGAAGCCCAUGGGCGCGCGAGCACUUUGAACAGAACGAAGACAACCCUCAUUAA